GCGGUACUUCAGCCAUUCACAACACACCAUGCCGCAGCUCACAUGCCAUGGAUGAGCUGCUGUUGGAGCUGCCCGAGGGGGAAGUUGAGGACCGCGAUCCGCGGCGCGAGGAGCGCCUAAAGCGCGCGGCCAAAGGUCGGCUCAGCGGGCUGCGGGUAGUGCUGGAGGAGCUGUGCGACCCGGGCAACCGCGCUGCGAUCUUGCGGAGCGUGGAGGCCCUGGGGCUGCUGCACGUCCACGAGGUGGUGGCCACAGCGAGCGCCACGUCUGGGCGCCGCAGGGCGCAGCAGAGCAGCGCCAAGGGCCGCAGCAUCGUCAAUGGUGCUGAAAAGUGGCUGAACGUGCACCAGCACGAGACCGUGCAGGAGUGCGUGGAGUCGCUGCAGGCCUGCGGAUUCCGCGUCUUCGCGGCGAUGCCGCCGAGUUUCGGCUUCAGCCAAACGAGUCUCCCGUUGGAGUCCUUCAGCUUCGAGUCCCCCACCGCGCUGCUCUUCGGCUCGGAGGCCCGCGGCGUGUCGGAUGCGGCGCUGGGCUGCUGCGACGGCGCCUUCACGGUGCCCUUGGUGGGCCUCUCCGAGAGCCUCAACGUCUCGGUGUGCUGCGGGCUCUGCGCGCACUUCGGCGCCUUGGCCCGGCGCCAGGCGCUGAAGCUGGGCCCUGCGGAGGGCGACCUGGCGGCGCCGGAGGUAGAGGCACUGCUUGAGAGCUACGCACAGCGGUCCCUGGACCACCGCUUCGCCGCACGGCUGAGGGCCACUCGCAGCAGGGAAGUGAACGAGGCCAAUGCGCUGAGCCGAGGUCAGCUGAACCCCGCCGGCCAUGCAUACACGAGCCAGCCCGGCGAGAUCUUGACGAGGUUGGCACCCGUCCGGGACGGACCGUGGGCAGCCCUGGCAGCCCUAGCAGCGGGGGCCCCGGUGGCUGAGGAUCCCAUUUCCCGGCGUACCGGCCCGUCGAUGUCCCGCGUGAGCUCCAACGGUGAUGUUGCAAAGGAAGAGCGCACGUCGCCUGGGUCCCCGAGCCCGGCACCGCCGGACACCGAGAAGAUGGGCGACGGCCGGGGGCUUUUCCACGUCAUCGAGCAGCUUGCAGCCUUAGAGGGAGCUCUUUGGAGCAUCCUGGACGGUUUGAAGUCCAACGCCACGCACGUCUCCUUUUUCUGCCGAGAGUAUUGGGGCACCUCGGCCUCCCACGCCCAGCUCUCCUUGGAGAAGCUGGGCUUCCAUGAGCGGCUCAAGCGCCAGGUGCAGCAAGCCUGCGUGCUGGAGAGCUUGAGCUUGGGAGUGGCAUCACACCUCUGCUCGGGCACCAUGCAGGGGGUCUCUGUGACCAUCCGCUCAAGGCUGCGGAACCUGCUGUGCCAGCCUCAGUGUCUGCAUCCUGGGAAGUACGUUUGA